AUGUCGGAGGUGAAUGAACUCAGUUAAUUUCAAGGGUAGCUGACUGAGAUACACUGCAUGUGACUCUGCAUGUGCUUUGCAGCGAUCCACCAAUCACCUUUGUCCUUUACUCAGUUGCCAAUCAGACUACCCUGCCAGCUGUCAAUCAAAAUCAGAGAGGAGGAAACCAUAGACUGUACAGUCUAUGGAGGAAACCCACCCCUGCACAUGUUCUGCACAUGGAGGGAGACGCGUGUCCGCUGAGAAUUACUUUCGGAACUCCACUGACUGUUAAGCCCAACAAAUAAGAACUGUAUGGGUUUUUAAAUGUAUAUUUCCGUGGACCACUCUACUAUAAGCGGUGCGCGUUUUGCAAGGUGCAUGCAAUUCUCGGAGGACAUGCGUUUCUCGGCACAACACCGCUAACAACAACAACAACAACAACGAUCGCAAAAUGAGCAACGAACAAGAGAAAACCACCGAGAGAAUGAGAACAGGGUGUUUUAUGGCGAGUCACUUAUUUUACCUGCAGGAAGCACACAGCCAAUUGAAAGUAGGCAGUUAUUGGCAAUACAAAUGAAGUGAAUAUUUCAAAAGAGUAAUGCACUGUAAAAAUAAAUAAAUAAAUAAAAAUCCCUGGAUCCAGGCCUGCAGGCAUUUCAUUCAGGUGGACCCACUGAAAAUUUAUAUGGAGACCCCUGCUCUAGACCUUCAAAAUUCACCAAGAAGUGGGCAAGGUAGGACUCGAACCUAUGACCUCAGGAGUCACAGUCUGUGUUCUUAUCCUCUGAGCCACUUAGAUACACAGGAUUAUACCAUUUGUUUCCUCUUUCAGUUUCCUGUCUAGACACUAGACUUCAAAAUUCACCUUGUCCCGAAAAAGGCUCGAACACACCACCUCAGGAGUCCCGGGCAGUCUCCUUAUCCUGUGAGCCAUGUGGACACACAAGAGAAAUGGGUUCUUUUUUCACAUAUCGCUGUCCUUUGUGGACUCGAGACUUUAAAAUUCUCCUAGAACUGGACAGGGAAAGACUUGAACCCACGAUCUCAGGAGUACCAGUCAGUCUCCUUAUCCCCUGAGCCAUGUGGACACAGAAGACCAUCAUGUUUUUUUUUAUAUAUAUCACUGUACUUUGUGGACACUAGAUUUCAAAAUUCACUUAGAACUGGGCAAGGUUGGACUCGAACCUAUGAUCUCAGGAAUCCCAGUCAGUGUUCUUAUCCUCUGAGCCACUUGGAGACACAGGAUUACACCAUUUGUUUACUCUGUCAAAUUCCUGUCUAGACACUAGACUUCAAAAUUCACCUUGUCCCGAAAAAGGCUUGAACACACCACCUCAUAGUAGGGUCUGUUAACUUGAAAAAAUGGCCAAAUUGUUAUGCGGUGGAUAAAAGCACCAAAUUUGGUACACACAUUCUUUAGGGUGUAUCUCAUCAUCUCAGAAGGGGUGCCCAAAAAUGCAUGAGUGAAAAUGGCUCAAAUGGAGGUCGUAUACCUGACCCAGUCGAUCUCUGCUGCUCUGAAACCACAUCUGAGUCCAAAAACAAAGGCAAAGAAUAACUUCAUACUGCAAAACCAAGUGUGACGCCUGUCAGGAAACCUUAUAAAUCACAGCAUGAAGAUGGCGGGGGGUUUUAGUGUCGGACAUCCUGAAUCGGCUCGUCCCCGGUCUGCCAUGAAAUUGGUUGAAUAUUCAGAGAUUUCUGAGUUUAUGUCGAAAUUAAAUCAGAUCAAAUUGCUGCAAAAGCUUUGUAGUAACAACUAAACUUUUACGACCAGCAGAACUCACUUAUUUUUCCUUAUAAGAUAAAUAAUUUGGUUGUGCUCGUUUUUGACAUGAUAUGGCCUUGUUGGAAAUCAGAUACCCCGUCAUUUCUCUGCUGAAAAGCUGCCGUUUCCAUCUUUUAAAGUGCGUCUUAAAUGCAGGUUCUUUAACAUACUGAAUAAACUCUUUUUCUUUUCCUUCCCAGCCGCCUGCGGUCUGUGAGGACAAGCAGCAGCAGCAGCAGCAGCAGGAGAGUGCCAUGGAGGAACUGAAAGGCAUCCUGGUAAAAGGAUCUAACAUCAGCUUUGAUAGAGAGGUGUGGUCUGAGGGGACGGUCUGCUUCCAGAUGAGUUUAAAACUCCAUACAGGAGCUUUAAUAAGUUAAUAUUAUUGCCUUUUAGCUCUUUAAACACCAAAACAGCGCUGUCAGGAUAUUACUGUAUCCACAGAAACCAUCUUUCCUUUACACUGGCGACAUGAAACUGCAUUCGCCACAUUUCAGAAGUAACGCGCUUCAAAAUAAAAGCUCAUAUCACAGGACAGAAUAAAAUACCAAAAUAAAAGCAUGACAAACAAAUGUUAAAUAAUGUCUUCAGUCAGAGAGCUGAUGAUGGAUCAUAAAUCUGAAUAUUUUUAGACAUAAAUAAAAACAUGCUCCACUCUCGGUUUUACUGAUGGAGAUGUUUUAUUUAUCGUCAAGUUUUCCAUGACAGGAAAAUCUGAUAUUAUGUCAGCCCUACCAGGGGUCUCACCUCCAUCGAUAAAUCCAGCUGCAGGUGCAAGAACAAGUAAAUUCAUUAGUUAAGAUAGGUCAGAUUAUCCAGGUUUACACAACCUUUAACAUGUGGAUAAUAAAUAAUCUUAAUCUUAAUCUGUGUUGGCGGACAGUCAAGUCUCUGCAGUGACGGUUGUGUUUUCCUGCAGGAGACGGUGAAGCGCAGUCCCAGCCGAGGAUCUCAGGAGUCAGGGCCGUCACCGCCCGGGAAGAAGGACAGCGAGCUGGAGGUCAUCCUGAGACGCCGGCGUAACAAGGCGGGAGAGGCUGGCUCCGGAGGUAAACACAGAGACGGAGGACGAUAAAAGCCUCAUGGUCUCAUCUUUUUUUCUUUUUGUUCUAAACUAAAUCUGGUUUUUAUCUUUACAACAACGAAAACUAAAGUGGGUUCAUGAACAUUUUUGGAGUUUUAAUGUACCUCUUAAAGUUGUAAAAAUGUGUUGUCAAAUCACUGAUUCAGUUAAAAUUAAGACAAUAUUCCUUUACAGAAACAAGACUGGCAUUUGGAGACCUUCGGAGGACUUCCUGGUGGAGUCACCAAAUGUCCCCGCCCUCAGGCUCGCGUCACGACUGACUUAAAGAAAACCCGCGGAGCGCAGCAUUUGUUUUUUAAUUGUGCGACCUUGCACAGACACAAAAUAGUAGAUACAUACAAGAACAAUUCAUCCAAUGAUUGAAUGACCGGCUGAUACAUCCACAGAUAACCCUGCAGAUGACCAGCUUCAGUCAUUUCCCCCUCCACAAAAGCAGCUUUAUGACUUUAUUUACUUUAUGACUUUAUUCUCCUAAAUUUACAACUUUAAUCUCUAAAUCUUAAAAGAAAAAAAAAACCUCAAUGUUGUCCUGAUCCUCUGCUGUAGUUUUGUCAGCUUUCUUAUUUCUAAUGUUUUUGAUAGUUGAACAGAGCGGAUCAGUUCGUCUCUAAAUCUAUAAUGUUUGGUUUACAGAUUUUGGUGAGUUCAGAGAUCAUGCUCUCAUACAGCCUGAGCUGACUGUCUGCUGGUUUUGGAUUUCUUGUAUUUUCUUUGAAGACGCGCUGCGUCUCCAAGCGAGUCCAAAACGGCAGUGCACUCAGCUAAGCGCCGUUAAGCGCGCUUAUCCUGAUGCGGUCUCUGAAAUGAGACACAGCCUCAGAAUUCUAGAGACACUAGAUUGAAUGGAAUAAUUGAAUGGAUGGAUAAUACAUGGACUCAUUGCAUUAGUGUUCCUAAAAGCCUUUUUGUUGUUUUUUUCUACAGAAAAUGCCACGUUCACCAUCUGAUGUGUGGAAGCAUUUAACACAAGCUCAUGUUGAAGGAAAAAUAUUUACAUUUAUGUUUGGAUAUGAUACAGUUUGUUUAAAUUGCCCCCAAUUUCUAGUUAAUUCCCAUGAAAAGUUUCCAAUUUGGAAUAUUUCCAAAAUUCCCAAAGCUUAACUUCUCAUGGAAAGCUUUUGGAAAUGUACCUGAAAUUUUCUGCCCUUUUGCAGCCCUACUUUCCCAAAUCCAUACGCAGUAAAGCUGAAAUGUCGGAGCUCACGAGUAAACCCUGAACGCACCGCAGCCCCCUCCCGGUCAGCGUUGGCACUGCAGCCGUGGCUCCGCGCUGGGACUGGUCCUUUCGCAGCCAUUUUCUGUCCAACCAAACAGCCGUCUGAGGAAGGGAACCAACCAGGGCUUCAUUGCAGGUUUGUGGCUGGCUCCGGCCAAUGAUUGCUAACCGAUUUCUCGUUAGCUCGAAUGGAAAUGUCCGUCUCUGUCUGAUUUUUUAUUUGUUGUCUGAGUGAAUGAGGGCUGCUCAUCAGGAAGUAUGCAGAGGGUGAAACUUUAAAACAUCGAUGUUUAACAUUUCGGCCCACCGGCCACGUCCUGAUCCGCUCCUCGGUACGACAAAGAAAGAGCAGGCCGGUGGGCUCUCUGUGGGCGCGGGUUACUCUGGAUUUACAAUGAAAAUGAGCUCAUGGGACAUUAUGUGCCUGAGUAGUUUAACUCCAGAAGGUAAAAACGCCUCUGUUUAUCCUCCUCAAAUCAUUAGUUUGGUGUUUUCAGGCGAACUAACGUCAGCCGGAGAAAAGGCGCCUCAGAUCGGCUCUUAGCUUCUGCUAGCUCGGUACACAUCAGUGUGUUCAGCUUAUGGAGGGAGAGACUGACCUCUCCGUGGGUUCACAUCUGUGAAAUCAGUAUAUCAUCCACGCCAGCAUUAUGUAUCCACCUAUUAAACUGUUAUGAAUGCCCACGAGUGGAUUUACAGACACGUUUCACCGUAAAAUGCGUGUAUUUCGAAGGAGAUAGGGGUCAUAACGAUAAUACAGCUGUCUUUGUUCACAUAUUAUAAUCGAAUUAAAUAGUAACACGACCUGUCACAGCCAGUGGGUUAAUGUUAAGAUGAAAAACGUGAAGCCUGAGUGUACUUUUGAGAGAAUAACGUGAACAAACCCGCCAAACCGGAGCACGGAGAGGUAAUGAGGUCAGCUGUGGUUGCCAGGUGGCGAAAAACAAAGUAAAACACAGUCUGUAUCGGUCCUGUCAAAACACUCUCUGUUUACGAUACAGCAUUAAUGCACGAUACGAUAAUUUCCCGAUAUUCGAUAUUUCAUUUUUUUGCAGAUACUAUUCAUCAUCAAAUACUGUAUUUUCGUUUUACUCUUUUUUUAACAUGAAAGGAACAAUAGAGAAGAGUAAUACAGUAGGAGAGUAACAGUAACAGUACAACCAUAACACCGUGUAGACACCCCCUCCAGGGAUGAAUGUUGCUGACCGCUUGGUUCUGUAGUUUUACUAACUUUAGUAUCGACCGCAGGAUAGCAAUACAGAGAGCCACGCGCUCAACCAAAACACCACUCUGUAACCACAAAUAAUGCUCAGAACAGCACCUAACUUCAUCAACAGGACAUAAAGGGUCACAGACAUAGUACUAGACACCAAACAUCUUUUUAAAUUUGACUCAUUUCCUUAGCAGAGAGACUAAACACAACUCACCUACUCUCUUCCAGCAGCAGCUUGUUUGUAGCGAGACCUCAGGCCAGUCCAUUACGGACUACAGCGGGGUGCCGCACUCAAGGAAGAACAUUUAUGAUCAUUUCUUCAUGGAAAUACAAUCAGACCGAGACGCUAAGACAGUCUGCAGGGAAAAAUGAUUAAUAUGAUGAUUAUUACUUCAAAGAAAUGAUCAUAAAUGUUCUUCCUUGAGCUGUGUCACCCCGCUGUAGUCUGUAAUGGACGUGCAUCCUGAAUCAUUCAAAGAGGAGUAUCAGCUCCAUGGAUGUAAAAUGAUUCUGCUGUUUAUAUUGAACUCUGACAUAAAAGUGAUGUAAACAGAGGGCCUUAAAUGCACCAUCAGGAGACCAUUAUAUAAGCAGUGCAUGUAUUACCUCAUAUUAUUACAUUUCUGUACCCAUAUUAUUCUGAUCACGACGUGCAUUAUGAAUCAUUUAAAGAGGAAUAUCAGCUCCAUGUAUGUUCUGUUUGUUAAAUUUUUAGUCCUAAAGUUGAUAUGAUUAUUAUUUCCUUGGUUUUAGUGGUUUUAAAAAUCUAAACAAACAUUUACUUUAGUCUGAAGAAAUCUGGAUCACAAGUGGAUCAAAUAACUUCUUUAGUACUUUGUGAACUAACGUCAAACAAGUCAUCCUGGUUAGUGAAGCAGUUUUUAAUCUAACUCUGGACUCCGAAUGCUGAAGCUCCAAAGUGAUGAUUGAUGAGAUGAUUGAUGAGAUAUUUGUGCGUGUUUGUGUCACAGAUGGACGGAGACAGCUCAACCACCGAUGCUUCCCAGCUCGGCAUCACUGGAGAGUACAUGGCCUCUGGUCACUACGUUCUCCAGUCUCAAGAUGGUGAGGAGCGGCCGCACUCACGAUCUCCACGUCAGCCGUCUGAGCGGCGUUAAGCUAAUUAGUGUGUGUGUGUGUUUGUAGAUGAUGCGGAUGAGAGUCUGAACGACCACGACGACGGCAGCGUGAAGGAGAACUUCAGGGAGCAGGACAUCUACCUUCCUAUCGCCAACGUGGCUCGCAUCAUGAAGAACGCCGUUCCUCAGACUGGAAAGGUUAGACGGCGAGGAGGAGCGGGGGGUGUUUCAUUUGUAUAUUCAGUAUCUUCUCUCGUCUCCUGAUGAAGUCGCUGCAUCAGAUUCAUCAUUUUAGCCAAUUAAGUCCCAGAGUCAGACGGGCAGACUCAUGGACGGAGGCAGCAGAGGUUACCAGCUCCAAAAUUUCUGCCCGCAGGGAUUUUGUUUCAGCCUUUUGCGGCCUGUUGCGUCAGCCGCAGCUGCUGGCUGAUGAAACCAAAACGCAGAACUUUUUUCACCUAAAACUCGAUUAAACGUGUAAAAAGACUCAAAAACAAAGGGUCAAAGGUUAAAAAGUAUCAGAGCUCCACUCGUCAACGUCAGGCCGAGUCGUUCCUCAACAUGAAUGAACUGAAUGUUUCCUGUUUCUUAGAUCGCUAAAGACGCCAAGGAGUGUGUGCAGGAGUGUGUGAGCGAGUUCAUCAGCUUCAUCACGUCGGAGGCGAGCGAGCGCUGCCACCAGGAAAAGAGGAAGACCAUCAACGGGGAGGACAUCCUGUUCGCCAUGUCCACGCUGGGCUUCGACAUGUACGUGGAGCCGCUGAAGCUCUACCUGCAGAAGUUCAGAGAGGUGAGACACGAGCUGGCGUCCGACGGCGUGCUCUUCUCACUGAGUUCUACGAGUUUAAAAAUGAUCUGUUUUUAUUUUCAGGCCAUGAAGGGAGAGAAAGGGAUCCCGGGGGUGUCGGUGGGAGAAGGCCUGGGAGAGGACCUCACAGACGACAGCUUCAGUACGUAGAAAUCAGACACGUCACAGGACUCCACAGUAAAAUGUAUUCAGGGUCAUGUGUGCAUCAAAAAAUCAGCCGAGGCAACAAAUGUUUUUUUUCCUGUAAACACUGCAGUGAAGUUAGUUUUAGGUUGUGUUCGAGCCGUUUGUGCACGACUGAUAAUUUGACAGAUAAUUAAUAAUUUUUGAUAUUUAUCCUGAUCAGAAUCCGGAGAGACUGAACAGUUUUAUAGUUUGACUUUAAAGUUGUAAUUGAAGCCGAUUACUAAUGCCGCUCUCCUAUUGGAGGAGACCUGUGUGUUUUUUUAUUGGGUAAUUCGUUCAGCUGUGGGUCUCUGAGAGCACAACAGUUUUUGACCGUGUUUACAUCGGGUCUCGAUUUCGUCAUUAUUUGUAAAAAGUAUCGUCUUGUCAUGCGAAGUAAACCUCCAAGUUAAUUCAAGGAAGGAAAGAUCGACGACUUUGGUGUUUUAUUAUGGAAAUACGCGUCGACGACAUGCUCUGAUUCGUCACCUCAGAGUAGGCCUGGGCAAUUUGGCAAAAAAAAAAAUAUUUCGUCGUAUCGUCCGAUCUCGAUUAUUAUCACGAUUUUUUUAGCUGCCUGUUUAAAGCAUCUGUACUAAAAACUAAAGAAACUAGCGAUUAUUUCAACAUUUUAUUAACAUACAAAGUAAAUAACAAAACAGAUUAAAUAAGAUAAACUUUAAAAAUAACAAAAACAAAGCUAAAAGCUAGUUGCGGCUAAACUGCUAAUGCUACUCGUGCCGUCAGCAGUGACAGGCUGUACAGACUCCGCCCACAUUUUCAUGUUUUCCUCAUAAUCACUCCGGAAGAACUUCUUUCAAUGAUUAAACAGAUCUGUGGUGUUGCCGGUUUUUGAGGGGACCGAUCGUCGACAUACCUUACACAUCGGCUUCAUUACUCGACGUCACUUUAAAGAUACCCGAACCAUCGCCACACAACCAACUGUGAAUAACUUCUCAACAAUAAGAUCUUUGGAGGAUGACUCAAAGUCACGGCUGACAUCUAUUUUUCUGCCCUCAGCUCUGUGUUUCGCUGCACGUUCGGUCGUUCUGUUGACUUCUCCAGUAACUUACAGAAGUAAGCAGGAAAAGCUCGACUUUGAUGUUUGAUCAAGUAAAUAUGCUCACAGCCGAUCACCAUGAUCGAACUGAAAGCUAUCACCAUCAUGUUAUCGCCCAGUCCUUCCUCAGAGGGUCUUCAAUCAUUAGACGGAGCUGCGAUCACAGGUUGGAUAUUUAACGGACAUUCCUGCGGUGUCUUCUCACUCUCCAUAAUCGGGAAUAACAACAGCAGCGCGGUUAAAUCUACUCGGCAUCCUCGCUGUCAACGUCGGUGUAGAAUAAGGGACCGUCAAUAAAUUACCGGUUGAUGUUCUUUGUGCGCUCCUUUUGUGAAAAAAGUCCUUAUCAAGGCCUGCGUCUGAUGUUCACCCUUCAAGCUCAUUAAAAUUCUGACUUCUCUCCUCAUCAGCGAACCCUCUACCAGCCGGGAUCAUCACUGCAGACGGUCAGCAGCAGAACGUCAUGGUGUACACGACCUCAUACCAACAGGUAACCCACACGGUCGCCGUGACGAUCAUUUCAAACCUCACAAAUCAAUAUUCUGCCGCGUUAUCAAUCUCAUUUUCGUCUCAAUCUCUUCAUUUGUCGUCACGCAGAUUCCCACCGUACAGCAGAUCCAGUUCUCAUGA